AUGAGGGUCGUCGCUGCUGAGGUUGCAGUAGUCAUCGUCCUCAGGUCGAGUGCAUGGCCGAGUGAGCCCAACACUCGCUACCGACUAUCAAGAAUUCGGCGAAGAACCAAAACCUUUCAUCACAAUCAGAUCCAGAUCAAAGAUCUUCAAUCUGGCAGAUAUAACGGCUUACUAAGAGUAUAG